CGCCAACCGGGACAUUCACAAUGAAGUUCAUGAAGGUCGGCCGUGUGGCCAUCAUCACCCGUGGCCGUUACGCCGGUAAGAAGGUACGACAAAUCGCCCAUAUCCCCCCCGAAUUGCGCACACAAUUUGAAGAUAGAGACGGACUGCAUCAUUGGAACAUCGAAUCAACGACUGAAAAGCUAUUGCUAUUUCAAAUGCAUUUCUUUUUGACGACACGAAAAAACCAAUUUGAUGGAGGACCGGAAUUCAAGAUUGUGAAUAUGUCGUCAUUGUCCAGCCUCAGGACUCUGGCUCCAAGGCCCACCCCUUCCCUUUCGCCAUUGUCGCCGGUAUCGAGCGUUACCCCCCUCAAGGUCACCCGCCGCAUGGGUAAGAAGCUUGUCGACCGCCGCUCCAAGAUCAAGCCCUUCAUCAAGGUCGUCAACUACAACCACCUGAUGCCCACCCGUUACACUCUGGAGCUCGAGGGUCUCAAGGGUGUCGUUUCCCAGGACACCUUCAAGGAGGUCUCUCAGCGCGAGGACGCCAAGAAGACUAUCAAGAAGGCUCUCGAGGACCGCUACACUUCCGGCAAGAACCGCUGGUUCUUCACUGCUCUGCGCUUCUAA